AUGACCGCAGUCUACAGGACGGGCGAGGACCAUCGUCUCGCGUGUCGUUCGGGUGUCUUCGAGACCACCACGGCCGGCCAGGCCCCGACCCACUUGCAAGCAAACCUCAUUGUCUUGCCCAAGCGCUAUGCCGACGACUUCCGACUCCUCUGCCACCGAAACCCCGUCCCCUGCCCGCUGCUCGCCGAGUCAGAAAGCCCAGGUGACUUUAGCAAGCUCAAGUCAUAUGUCCAAAGCAUGGAUGGAAGGAGUCUUCUCCCAGUAGCCAAGAACGUUGAUCUGCGUCAUGACGCACCCCGAUACCGAGUCUACGAAAACAGCAAACACGUCUCCAUCAACGGCGCUCUUGAACCUGUCAAUGUAGCUGAUCAAUGGACUGAUGGUGAUCAUGUCGGCUUCCUGAUCGGAUGUUCGUUCAGCUUCGAGAGGGCCCUUCACGAGGCGGGUCUUACGCCUCAACACAUGACGCACAACCGCAAUGUGCCUAUGUACCGCACCAACAUCCCACUUUGCGCAGCGGGUGUCUUCACAGGGGCGACGUAUGUCGUGUCUAUGAGGCCAUACAAGGUCUCGGAUAUCGAGAAGGUUCGAGAUAUCACAAGGCCGUUUGUGGCGACACAUGGCGAGCCAGUCGCCUGGGGCUGGGACGGAGCUGCAAGGAUUGGGGUCACAGACGUCACAAAGCCACAGUGGGGAGAUCCUGCCGUCAAGGAUGAUGGAAAGACGCUAUUUGGGCAUGAUGAUGAGGAGUAUGUUCCGGUGUUCUGGGGAUGUGGAGUUACGCCUCAGGAAGCUGUCAUGAAGGCGAACUUGAACGGCACAGUCAUGGGGCACGCUCCGGGGCACAUGAUCUGUUUGGAUAUUCGGGAGGAAGAAAUCUUCCCUGUUUAA